GCAGCAUGUCGUGGUUUAGUGGCCUCCUGGUCCCCAAAGUGGAUGAACGGAAGACAGCCUGGGGUGAACGCAAUGGGCAGAAGCGUCCACGCCGCGGGACUCGGACCAGUGGCUUCUGCACGCCCCGCUAUAUGAGCUGCCUCCGGGAUGCGCAGCCCCCCAGUCCCACCCCUGCGGCUCCCCCUCGGUGCCCCUGGCAGGAUGAGGCCUUCAUCCGGAGAGGCGGCCCGGGCAAGGGCACGGAGCUGGGGCUGCGGGCGGUGGCCCUGGGCUUCGAGGACACUGAGGCCAUGUCAGCGGUUGGGGCAGCUGAGGUGGCCCCUGACGUGACCCCCGGGAGUAGGCGAUCCUGCUGGCGCCGUCUGGCCCAGGUGUUCCAGUCGAAGCAGUUCCGCUCGGCCAAGCUGGAGCGCCUGUACCAGCGGUACUUCUUUCAGAUGAACCAGAGCAGCCUGACGCUGCUGAUGGCGGUGCUGGUGCUGCUGACAGCGGUGCUGCUAGCCUUCCAUGCUGCACCUGCCCGCCCUCAGCCUGCCUACGUGGCCCUGCUGGCCUGUGCCGCCACCCUCUUCGUGGCGCUCAUGGUGGUGUGUAACCGGCACAGCUUUCGCCAGGACUCCAUGUGGGUGGUGAGCUACGUGGUGCUGGGCAUCCUGGCAGCCGUUCAGGUUGGGGGUGCCCUGGCAGCCAACCCCCGCAGCCCCUCUGUGGGCCUCUGGUGCCCUGUGUUUUUUGUCUACAUCACCUACACGCUCCUACCCAUCCGCAUGCGGGCAGCUGUCUUCAGUGGCCUGGGCCUGUCCACCCUGCAUUUGAUCUUGGCCUGGCAACUCAACCGCGGUGACGCCUUCCUCUGGAAGCAGCUCGGUGCCAACAUGCUGCUGUUCCUCUGCACCAACGUCAUUGGCAUCUGCACACACUACCCAGCUGAGGUCUCUCAGCGCCAGGCCUUUCAGGAGACCCGCGGUUACAUUCAGGCCCGGCUGCACCUGCAGCAUGAGAACCGGCAGCAGGAACGGCUGCUGCUGUCCGUGUUGCCCCAGCAUGUUGCCAUGGAGAUGAAAGAAGAUAUCAACACAAAGAAAGAAGACAUGAUGUUCCACAAGAUCUACAUCCAGAAGCAUGACAAUGUCAGCAUCCUGUUUGCAGACAUUGAAGGCUUCACCAGCCUGGCGUCCCAGUGCACCGCGCAGGAGCUGGUCAUGACCCUGAACGAGCUCUUCGCCCGGUUUGACAAGCUGGCUGCGGAAAAUCACUGCCUGAGGAUCAAGAUCUUAGGGGACUGUUACUACUGUGUGUCGGGGCUGCCGGAGGCCCGGGCAGACCAUGCCCACUGCUGUGUGGAGAUGGGGGUGGACAUGAUCGAGGCCAUCUCGCUGGUGCGUGAGGUGACAGGUGUGAACGUGAACAUGCGCGUGGGCAUCCACAGCGGGCGUGUGCACUGUGGUGUCCUUGGCCUGCGGAAAUGGCAGUUCGACGUGUGGUCCAAUGACGUGACUCUGGCCAACCAUAUGGAGGCGGGCGGCCGGGCCGGCCGCAUCCACAUCACCCGGGCCACGCUGCAGUACCUGAACGGGGACUACGAGGUGGAGCCGGGCCGCGGUGGCGAGCGGAACGCGUACCUCAAGGAGCAGCACAUCGAGACCUUCCUCAUCCUGGGAGCCAGCCAGAAACGGAAAGAGGAGAAGGCCAUGCUGGCCAAGCUGCAGCGGACGCGGGCCAACUCCAUGGAAGGCCUGAUGCCACGCUGGGUGCCCGACCGCGCCUUCUCCCGGACCAAGGACUCCAAGGCUUUCCGCCAGAUGGGCAUUGAUGAUUCCAGCAAAGACAACCGGGGUGCCCAAGAUGCCCUGAACCCCGAGGAUGAGGUCGAUGAGUUCCUGGGCCGUGCCAUCGAUGCCCGCAGCAUCGAUCAGCUACGGAAGGACCAUGUGCGCCGCUUCCUGCUCACCUUCCAGAGAGAGGAUCUUGAAAAGAAGUACUCAAGGAAGGUGGACCCCCGCUUCGGAGCCUACGUGGCCUGUGCGCUGUUGGUCUUCUGCUUCAUCUGCUUUAUCCAGCUCCUCGUCUUCCCACACUCAACCGUGAUGCUUGGGAUCUACGCCAGUAUCUUUGUGCUGUUGCUGAUCACCGUGCUGACCUGUGCCGUGUACUCCUGUGGCUCUCUCUUCCCCAAGGCCCUGCGACGUCUUUCCCGCAGCAUCGUCCGCUCUCGGGCACACAGCACUGUGGUUGGCAUUUUUUCAGUCUUGCUAGUGUUCACCUCUGCCAUCGCCAACAUGUUCACCUGUAACCACACCCCCAUCCGGACCUGUGCAGCCCGGAUGCUGAAUGUAACACCCGCUGACAUCACUGCCUGCCACCUGCAGCAGCUCAAUUACUCUCUGGGCCUGGAUGCUCCGCUGUGUGAGGGCACCGCACCCACUUGCAGCUUCCCUGAGUACUUCGUUGGGAACAUGCUGCUGAGUCUCUUGGCCAGCUCUGUUUUCCUGCACAUCAGUAGCAUCGGGAAGUUGGCCAUGAUCUUUGUCCUGGGGCUCAUUUAUUUGGUGCUGCUUCUGCUGGGCCCCCCAGCCACCAUCUUUGACAACUAUGACCUGCUGCUUGGUGUCCAUGGCUUGGCUUCUUCCAAUGACACCUUUGAUGGGCUGGACUGCCCAGCUGCGGGGAGGGUGGCACUGAAAUACAUGACCCCUGUGAUUCUGCUGGUGUUUGCCCUGGCGCUGUAUCUGCACGCCCAGCAGGUGGAAUCAACUGCACGUCUGGACUUCCUCUGGAAACUGCAGGCAACGGGGGAGAAGGAGGAGAUGGAGGAGCUCCAGGCCUACAACCGAAGGCUGCUGCAUAACAUUCUGCCUAAGGACGUGGCUGCCCACUUCCUGGCCCGGGAGCGCCGGAACGAUGAGCUCUACUACCAGUCGUGUGAGUGUGUGGCCGUCAUGUUUGCCUCCAUUGCCAACUUUUCUGAGUUCUAUGUGGAGCUGGAGGCAAACAAUGAGGGUGUCGAGUGCCUGCGGCUGCUCAACGAAAUCAUCGCCGACUUUGAUGAGAUCAUCAGCGAGGAGCGGUUCCGGCAGCUGGAGAAAAUCAAGACGAUCGGUAGCACGUACAUGGCUGCGUCGGGGCUGAACGCCAGCACCUACGAUCAGGCCGGCCGCUCCCACAUCACUGCCCUGGCCGACUAUGCCAUGCGGCUCAUGGAGCAGAUGAAACACAUCAACGAGCACUCCUUCAACAACUUCCAGAUGAAGAUUGGGCUGAACAUGGGCCCAGUUGUGGCAGGCGUCAUUGGGGCUCGGAAGCCACAGUAUGACAUCUGGGGGAACACGGUGAAUGUCUCUAGCCGUAUGGACAGCACGGGGGUUCCUGACCGAAUCCAGGUGACCACGGACUUGUACCAGGUUCUAGCUGCCAAAGGCUACCAGCUGGAGUGUCGAGGGGUGGUCAAGGUGAAGGGCAAGGGGGAGAUGACCACCUACUUCCUCAAUGGGGGCCCCCCCAGUUAGCAGAGCCCAGCUACAAGUUCAGCUGUCAGGACCAAGGUGGGCAUUUAAGUGGACUCUGUGCUCGCUGGAUGGAGCUGUGGCCGGGGGCACCAAGCCUCCAGACCCUGCUGACCACAAAAGGGAACACCUCAGCAGGCUGUGCUUGGACCAUGCUCGUCUGCCCUCAGGCUGGUGAACAAGGGAUACCAAGAGGAUUAUGCAAGUGACUUUUACUUUUCUAAUUGGGGUAGGGCUGGCUGUUCCCUCUUUCUUCCUGCUUUUGGGAGCAGGGGAGGCAGCUGCAGCAGAGGCAGCAGGAGCCCUCCUGCCUGAGGGUUUAAAAUGGCAGCUUGCCAUGCCUACCCUUUCCCCUGUCUGUCUGGGCAACAGACUCGGGGCUGGGCCCUUCCUUUCCCUCUUUUUCCUGGGAAUAUUUUGU